AUGUUGCCAAUUAAAUUACUAAUAUUCCUAGUAGGUUAUUUAUUAUCACCAACUUUACAACAACAAUAUCAACAAAUUCCUCCUCGAGAUUAUGAAAAUAAAAAUUAUUUCUUAAUUGAAUUAAAUACUACUAAUUCUCAAAAACCUUUAAUUGAUUUUAUAAAUCAUUACAAGGGUCAUUAUAAUUUUGAACAUCAAUUAUCAUCAUUAGAUAAUCAUUAUGUUUUCAGUAUUGAUAAAUCUCAUCCUCAUAAUUCAUUCUUGGGGAAUCAUAAUUCUAAUGAAUUUAAUUUAAUUAAACGAGAAUUAGGUUUUGAACAAGAUUAUGAAGAAUUAAUUUCUCAAGUUGAAUCUAUUCAUUGGUUACCUAUGAAAAAACUUUCUAAAAGAAUUCCUGUCCCUAUUGAAAUGGAACAAAAAGAAGAAGAAAUAAUGGCUGAUCGUGAUGAUAAUGAUAAUACUAAUAAUGAACAAGCAAUUAAUGAAGCACAUAAAAAAUUAGCACAAAUUGCGUCUAAAUUAGAAAUUCAUGAUCCAGAAUUCACUACUCAAUGGCAUUUAAUCAAUUUGAAAUAUCCUGGUCAUGAUGUUAAUGUCACUGGUCUUUGGUUAGAAGAUAUUUUAGGUCAAGGUAUAGUUACUGCAUUAGUUGAUGAUGGAGUUGAUGCUGAAAGUGAAGAUAUUAAACAAAAUUUUAAUUCAAAAGGAUCAUGGGAUUUUAAUAAUAAUGGGAAAUCACCUUUACCAAGACUAUUUGAUGAUUAUCAUGGUACUAGAUGUGCUGGAGAAAUAGCUGCUGUUAAAAAUGAUGUUUGUGGUAUUGGAGUAGCAUGGAAAUCUCAAGUAAGUGGUAUUAGAAUUUUAUCUGGUCCUAUUACUUCAUCUGAUGAAGCUGAUGCUAUGGUAUAUGGAUUAGAUACUAAUGAUAUUUAUUCUUGUUCUUGGGGUCCUACUGAUAAUGGGAAAGUAUUAUCUGAACCAGAAUUAAUUGUGAAAAAAGCCAUGAUAAAGGGAAUUCAACAAGGUCGAGAUAAAAAGGGAGCCAUUUAUGUUUUCGCUUCGGGGAAUGGGGGUAGAUUUGGUGAUUCAUGUAAUUUUGAUGGAUAUACUAAUUCAAUUUAUUCAAUUACAGUUGGUGCCAUUGAUUAUAAAGGUUUACAUCCCCAAUAUUCUGAAGCUUGUUCUGCUGUUAUGGUAGUAACUUAUUCUUCUGGAUCAGGUGAACAUAUUCAUACUACUGAUAUCAAAAAAAAAUGUUCUGCUACGCAUGGUGGUACAUCUGCUGCUGCUCCUUUAGCUAGUGGGAUUUAUUCAUUAAUAUUAUCAGCAAAUCCUAAUUUAACUUGGAGAGAUGUUCAAUAUAUUUCUGUAUUAAGUGCCACUCCUAUAAAUGAAAAUGAUGGUAAUUAUCAAACUACUGCAUUGAAUAGAAAAUAUUCUCAUAAAUAUGGUUAUGGUAAAACUGAUGCUUAUAAAAUGGUUCAUUUUGCUAAAAAUUGGAAAAAUGUUAAACCUCAAGCUUGGUAUUAUAGUGAUGUGAUUGAAGUUAAUGAAACCAUCAAUACUGCACCACAACAAUCUCCAACUAAACGUGAUUCUGAUUCUGAUUCUAAUUCUAAUUCUAAUUCUAAAUCUAAUAACAAGAUUAUUCAUUCAUCAGUUAAAGUUACUGAAAAAGAUUUGAAAAUUAUGAAUGUUGAAAGAGUUGAACAUAUUACUGUUAAAGUGAAUAUUGAUUCUACUUAUAGAGGUAGAGUUGGAAUGAGAAUUAUUUCUCCCACAGGGGUUAUUAGUGAUUUAGCAACAUUUAGAAUUAAUGAUGCUUCAAGUAGAGGAUUUCAAAAUUGGACAUUUAUGUCAGUGGCUCAUUGGGGGGAAACUGGUAUUGGUGAAUGGAAAGUUGAAGUUUUCGUUGAUGAUUCAAAAGGUGAUAAUGUUGAAAUUAAAUUUAAAGAUUGGCAAUUUAGAAUAUUUGGCGAAUCAAUUGAUGGUGAUAAAGCAGAAAUUUAUGAUAUAACUAAAGAUUAUGCUGCUGUAAGAAGAGAAUUAUUAGAAAAGGAAAAACAAGGGGAUAAGUCUAGCACCACCACCACUAUUGCCAGUAGUAGCACUAGUAGUGAAUCUGAUCAAAAAACUACUACCCUGGCACAAAAUAAUGAAUCGACAACCAGUAUUAGUCAAUCUGAAAAUGAAUCUGCAUCUUCAAGCUUAUCUCAAGAACAACAACAACCAACUGAAUCAAAUUCUGAUUCUGAUUCUGAUACCGAUACCGAUUCUACCGAUGAAAAUAAACAAGAAGGAGAUAGCAAUAAUGAUGACAACGACAACGACAACAAGAAAGCCAAAUCUGAUAAUACAGGGUUUUAUCUUAUGUCAAUUGCUGUAGUUGGAUUUAUUGCAGUAUUAUUAGUUAUGAAAUUCCAUAAAACUCCAGGAAGUGGUCGUCGUUAUAGAAGAAGAGAUGGUUAUGAAUUUGAUAUUAUUCCUGGUGAAGAUUAUAGUGAUUCUGACGAUGAUGAUGAGGAAGGGGAUGAUGAUUCAGAUACUAGAGGCAAUCGCCAUGAUGAUGAUUCAUUUGAUUUAGGUCAUAGAAAUGAUCAAAGAGUAUUAUCUUCACAACAACGACAAUAUGAUAGACAACAAGAUGAAGCUAGAGAUCGAUUAUUUGAUGAUUUUAAUGCUGAAAGUUUACCUGAUUAUGAAAAUGAUAUGUUUAAAAUUGGUGAUGAAGAUGAAGAAGAGGAGGGGCAAAAACAUCAAACAACGACGACAAACAACUCAGAAGGUAAUUCAGAAACUUCCACUAAAAAGAGCGACGGUGACAUUAAAGAUAAGGAUAAGGAUGUUGUUAGUACACAGUAA